AGUAGAGGUUACUGCUGAAAUCAGAGUCUAAGUGCUAGCGCUCAGUAGUGUAUUAUCAGCUGUGUCCAGUUUCAUGUAUUCAGUGUCACUGUGAGGACCUGGUAUCAAGGCACAUUGACAAAAUAUAAUAGCGGCGGUGUGCCUGCCAAUUCUGCCUGUACACUGCACAGUGUACAUUUUAACGGCGAAGCACGACCAGUAGUUGUCCUAGCAGGAAUAUUGAGAAUAUUGAGCCGCAUAUGUUGUCAAUCUUGCGUGUAACUUCACGUAUUCUCGUAAAUCCCAGUUGUGGUGCAAAAUGCACACGUUUGCAAAAAUAAAGACAAAAGACCUUGCGGUAAACAUUUUAUUAAUGAUGUGUUAUCGAUUAUAUUGCUGUAGCAGACGAACGCGAUCGACGUCCCUCUGGCGACGGUAGGGCGCAGGCGACCCAUUUCCGUCGUCUGUUUUUCCGCAUUGUUUUGUUUGCUUUACGCCAGGCUGGGGUGUGUGUGUGUGUGUGCAACGUCCCAAACAGGUGUUUCGAGCCGUCCAAUCUGUGCCUUACCGAAUCACUUCGGAACCUUGUUGCAAAGCCCUUAUGACAUGAAACAGUUCCUAUGACGGCGUACGGAUACAAACCUGCUCGUCGGAUAUACAGGCCGCGUUCCAGGGAAUCAAGGUUUCGCUGUUUCGUGGUCGUGCGCCCGUGGACUUGAGCGCGGAUGCCAUAUAGGUUGUCCCCCUUGGCGUUGCCGAGGCUGUACUGAUAAGAAGGAAUAAACUGUUGAAGUCUAGUGAUCAGAGAUAACGCGCGAUGCCUUGUGUCGACGCCGUCCAGCUAUAGAGCCGUAUCUGUGAGUUGGGAGCAGCGUUGGUUCAGAAUGGGUUGUCGACGGUCAUGCCUGCGCUGUCUUGCCCGGGUGCCCUUUGCCACCCUGGUGGCCACUGUGAUGUGCUGUGCCGGGGUGGCCAUCUUUCUUGGUGCUGUGCUGCGUGCAGUCGACUCCACACUGCGCAUGUUGGAGGUCGUCUUUGAGCGCCGCUCUCCCUAUGGACCCUCCGAGCUGCGUGCAGCUGCACUGGUGGCAGCGGCGCUGAUGGGCCUGCUGGAGCUAUGCCUGCUGUUGGUGGGCUGCCUGACAACAGGGCCUACACGCGAGCGCCUGGGAAACCGGGCCCGGGUGGGAGGCCGACUGUCCUGUGCACUGCUGCUGGCCCUGUCGUACCUGGCGCUGCUGGCGUGGAUUGUGCUGGCACUGUUCAUGGCUGUUUCAGCCCUCCUGUGCUCUCUUGCCGGGGCCCUGUGCAACCAGCUCAGGCAGGAACAGCAGUGCCUGGACCUAAGGCAGUUUGAGUUUAUGGUGAGCCAGGAGACCACGCCGCUGCGACACACGGGUGAGCCACUGCUGCUGCUGUGUGGGGCGCAACGCAAGGAGUUCUGCAAAGACUGGGUGGAGCCCUCAGGCUUGCUCCUGUGGCUCGGAGCUGCGGCUGCACUGCUGGUGCUACUGGGCCUGGUGCAGCACCUCAUGUGCCUGGCAGCCAACUACGCGCACCUGCGCGACCAGCAGAAGCUGCUCGACCUGCAGCUGCUUCAGGAUUUGCAGGACACCGAGAUGACCACACUGGGAUCUAAGGACCGCUUCUGAGCGAUUGCUUGCUGUGAUCCGCCUGCAUUGCUGUCUUCUUUACCUGUCAUAGUGGCUCAGUGGCUGUUACAUUCCAUCACUCGACAUGGGGUUGCGGGUAUAAUUUCUGGCCUCGGUGGCCACUCUCCAGUGGAAGGGGAAUGCAAAAAUGUCUCGUGUACCAAGGUUUUAGUGUACUUUAAAGGAGUACUGACACACAUAUGUUCGAAGCUGUGGAAACUCUACCACGUGCUUCUCGCACAUGAAAGGAUGACAGUUGGCAAGUGUGACGGUUAGAAACUCUUAUAUUUUAAUUUUAUACUAAAGUUCAUCUCAAAAUACCACCCUGGUGUCACCAACAUUAUUAUGACAUCAUGACAGAGCAAAAUUUGCUGAUGUUGGGGGUGUAACUGUAAGGUUAGGUAUGACAACAAUGCUCAUAAAACAUAAAUGAGAGUGUUGCAUAUGUGUCUUCUGGCUGUGCUUGCACAGCAGUUGCAGAAGCAGUUGCAAAAACGGAGCUAGCUAAUGUAUUGCAGCAUCAAGACGGCAUCCGCAUCCUGAGUACAGAAACUAAGACCGGUUCGUAGAAACAAGUAUCAUAGUAAGUUAUUUAGGGUGCUUUGACACUUGCCAGAAUUUCAUUUGAUGAAAAAAAAAAAUGGCACGCUUGAAAAUGUCUUGCGAAUACUCCAUCUAUGAAAGUAACCAUGUGGCUGAAUUAACUGUGGAGCUCUUCAGUGCAGUGUUCAUCAUAGCUGCUAGUGUAAAUUUGGUUCAUGAAAAAAAGGGAACAAUCACCCAUUCAGUCAUAUCAGUCAACCUUACUGCUUUUGACCUGUGAUCCACUCCCCUUCGUCUUUUGCCUUUUCCCGGUGUUGCAUUGCUUGCCUCUUGAUGACAAAGUAAAAAAGCAUCUGAGAGAAAAGAACUUUCUGUUGGUUCCACUGUAAGUGUUCUACCAGCUAAUGUCACACACAGAAAAGCAUGGAGGAAAAUGUUGAUGUGAGGGAAUAGACCUAUCGCACUAGGUAUUUCGCUGUGCCACCAAUCGCCAUAGAAGCUUCCAGUACUUGUAGCCAUUACUAGUGGCCUCAGUGGCAACUGGGUUGUGUACAGACACUAGGCUUACCGAGUGACAAAUUUUCCGGUGUUAUCUUUAAGCACGCAAAUAGACUUAAAAACAAGAGGGUAUUGACCUCUCGAAUUGUUUGAUAAAUGCAUGCAUUAAAAAUGGUGUUAAAAACAACCUACAAUAUCUACGAUGCAGUGUGCCUCAGCACGCUGUUUCCUAACAUGGUGGCAAGUUUCUGAAAAUUAGCAGUAUUACUGUGCUGGCUCAAACCACGCAUAUGAGCAGUGAACUUGGUGUAAUCACUUUAUUUAUGGCUGGCAUCCGAUAGCUUGAACACGCAGGUGUGAUCAGCUGUAGUAGCACCCAUAGUGGUGAGAAACUGACUGGUGGCUUUGUUGUUUGUUAUUUGCCACGAGAUGACAUCAGAAUGCAGCUAGUUUUCAUGAAUUUGAUGAGUUGAUGCAUUUCAAUGAUGUCCUGUAGAGCGCAGCUUGUUGUCCUUAUCGUUCAUUACUUCAUGCUCUUUAGUGGAAACCAUGUCUAGGACAUCGAUAUCAGAUACAUCACCAGUUAUGCUUUCAUGAGGCACUAUUUCAUCCCAUUUUUUUUUUUUUUCUUACUUGAAGUUUCAUGUGUUUCACACAAACAUUACAGGAUAGCUGUCUGGAGCAUCAUGGGAAUAUCCAUCAAUCUUGAUCAACGUGACAGAGAGCAUAUUUGUGGCCCUUUUAAAUCUUUUUCGGGUUAAGCUAUUGUUUUUCCACAUUGCAGGAUUUUCCUCUUGUUUACUUAAAUGAGUGUUGAUUUGUGUGUUUCUAUCAAAUGGUUUUAACAAAUGCUUUCACUAGUGCAUCUUUGCAGCUCUUGUUUCAGUUUCUGCUUGUAUCAGAUGCAGUAUUUCAGCCAGGGCAAUGGAUAACAUUAAAGAAUGAACAGUUGAAGUUCUGAUAUUGUCAAGUUACAGUGUAAAGACAAAGUUAGUAUGCUGAAAAGGUUUACUCGACUCAGCAAUGAUAUAACAACAAAGCUGUUAUACUUGACAUGUCUAAAGUAAGGCUGCCAUGUGCACCACUUGUGUAGGCUGCAGAGAAAAUUUGAUAAUCAUUGAAACCAGCCUGGUUGGAAUUCCCGUCACUUGUAUUUAUGUUUAGUGAUGGCACAAGCAGAUAAAUUGUCCGCAUGUAACUCACCAGGCUGAUUUCACAGUACUUUGCUAUCAUUUUGUCCGAUUCAGAAUGACUUGCUCAGAGAAGGUGUGUUGCCUGAACAGUUUGCAUACACAAUUCCAGUGGCGUACGUGUGAAAACCUCGACAGCAAAUACUUGGUUGAAUCUUCAUACCAAGGCUACAUUAUUAUGGCAUUUCUUUUGUAUGUUCCCGAGCGUGUAAUUCAUAAUGGUGGCUCGCAUUUACAGAUUGCGUUUGUGCAAAAAAUGUUUUUUUCUGGUGUUAUUGAAGAGUGGCGUGGUUUGGUGUUUCACAUUUGUUUUUGUAAUCUCUAGCUCCCUUAUUGUCAACAUGGGCAACAUUUUUGUAAAUGCCCAUUUCAAAGAACUUGUACUGUUGUUUCAUCCUGUGAUCCAGAUUUAUUGUACACCUAUUUCAUUGAGAUAUAUUCAAUAUUGAAGCAGUUAAAAAGCGCUCAUGUGAUUUCAGCUGUGCUUAAAAGACUGCUCCAUUGGAGCUAUCCUCAUAUUACUGGUGUGUGUUUAUCAAUUUCAACACAUCUGUACAGUCAGUGAAUAAGCUAAUAGCAGGGCUGGGACUCCUGCACCAAAUGCGCCAUUUGUGCGCCAAACUGCGGCAAACACAGAAAAUUGACCGAAAUUGCACCACACUUUGCCAGAACGACUUUGGCAUGUGUGCUCUGGCAGUGGCUAUGAACAGUGAGCGGACUCGUUCUCCGAAAAAGAGGCCGGCAUGAGCGUGGCCAGUCUUGCCUGUUGUCACUGCUGUUGGAAUGACCAGGGCGGCUGUAUUUAGAGGUAUGUAAUACGGUUGAGUGGGCCGAACGGCGGGGCCUAGCUGAGGCGCAAAACAACGAAAGAUAGGCUGAGGGCACUGCAUAUGAACUAGAGGUUAGGGAGGCGCACACUGCAGCGGUUUCAGCGGGCGGGCGUCUCUGUCCCCAGAGCAGGCAUAACGUUAAACAUUUCCAAUCUGUUGUUAUGCCCACAUGGGCGAGGCCUGAGCCAUUUUGACCUAUCAUGAAGGGCUAAUGGCGGAUUUGGAAUCGACUGUAAUAGCUAUACGAAGUAAGGAUAGUAGUUUUAUUGGCCAUAUAAACUUGCAAACAUUCGCUUACUAACUAAAUUAACAAGCAUGAUGUCACACAUGCACAUGCAAACAUGAACAGAUCUCACUUGAUGACCGCGGAAACUCGCUGUCAAAACACUGGAGUGAGGAAGUGCAGCAGUUGCAUCUCGCUUCAAUGCAAGCUAAGCGGUGAAAACAGCGCACACGAAGCUAUCGGCAUUGUUACUCUGUCCCCAUCGCAGAUCGCUUUCAAGAUACGGCCCGCGCGGCUGCGCCAGAGUAGAACUCUCCUUUCCCGCCUUGCGUUCGACGGAAGACGGCGCGCUUCCUCCCCGCUUUCCUCCCUUGCGCGCGCAAGAUGAAGCCGCCAUUGUCGGCUCAUCCUCACAUGCUUUCACUCGCACAUGCAGCAUACGGUGCGCAUCAACGUAUGCUUUAUAUGGAACAUCAUGGCGAUGGCAGAAAUGAGCCUGGAGUGUCUAUAUAAUUGCUAUCGCAAUAAAAACAAAUCGGAAUAGUUUUACGUUAUACCAGCCCAGGGUUGAUUGCGGCUCUCUGGGUUUGCGGUGACAUAUGGUGAGCUAGAAAUGAUGUUACCACGUCGAUUGGACCACAUAAUUUGAGAACGGGGAAUAUGUAGUUCGAUCUUAGUGCCAACGAUGCUUUCGGCUUUGCAGGAAAGCAUGCGCCGUGCCGCCACCACCCCACUCUUCCAUAUUCUAGUAUGCUAUACCUACAAAGCACACUUCUGCUAUGUGCUUCGUGUUGGUUUCUUCUGUUUCAUCGUGGUUUCCAAGUGCGCUGCCAUAUUCCAUUAUUCCAUCAAAAUUCAGAUUGGCCUGCUGCAAACUGCUUCAAAAUGAAAUUAUAUCUGCUCCAAAUUGCUCCAGAAUGAAAUUUUAUCUGCUUCAAAUUGCUUCAAAAUGAAAUUUUACUUUCUCCAAAAUGACUUUGGGCAGUCCCACCCCUGUAAUAGCAUACACAAAAGAGUUCCUUUUACGCUUUGCAGUUGCAGCAAAAAUUGUGCAACAGAGUAUUACCUUCAAGUAUCUCUGAUGGCUGGUUUUGCUUUUGCACUAGGAAAUCAAGGUCUACAGUGUAUAUUAACCAAGUGGCAACUAGUGCAUGACAGUAAUGGUGCUUUAACAUGACAGAGAAAGUUUGCAUUCAUAUGAUGCACUGUUCCAAGACGGUGAUAAAAUCAUUGCUACUGCAUGAUCUCCUGUUCGAAUUUAGAGCGCGUGCUUCUAAGAGACGAGAUUGCCCAUCAGUUUUGUGUGCUAAGACACCUUGAGUAACUGUUUCCAACUCAUGCGAGUAGUACUUGCAGCUAGCUUAUUUUAAAGUGGUUAUACUCAUAUUGGGUACUUGCAGCUAGCUUAUUGUAAAGUGGUUAUACUCAUAUUGGAUACAGUGCAAAGAAAGACGUGUGAACCAGUGUACUCUGAAAUAGUCCCACAUUGUUGUGGUGGCAACACCAGUGCCACCUUGGAGACCUCAGUGAAGCGUGACAAAGAAUGUUUUCAGUCACUUUGAUGUGAUGAAGAUACAAGCUCAAAAGACAAAGCGCAGGUGUGUAGUGAUACAAUGGUGGAUUGUUCUAUUAUCCCAUCGUGGUUUAGUGUACAGCUGAAGGUUUUAUGCGGCGAAGUCUAGCGGUGCUUUUAUGUAUGAAUGUGCAGAUGCUAGCCAUCGUACGUUGUGUCGGUGAUUUCUUGUGGCUACUGCUUAAGCAAGGCUCAUUCACGCUCCGACUUGCUUGGUGUGCUUGGUGCUGGCGCCCAAAUUCAAGUAAGCAGUGCUGCAAGCAUCACGAGUUUUACUCUCUAUAAAUACACACUGUGUUGUGCACACUGAGGAAGGAAAUAAACUAGGAGGGGGAGAAGGACGUCACACUGCCUGCCUUCACUAGCCAACUUCUCCGUGAAGCCAUGACAUACAUCGUUAAGCAAGCCCAACAUGUGACUUUUGAGUCCCAACUUUACUCGGUGAAUUCGGCCCAGUAUGUUUGGUUCCUGGUAGGUUUUUAUCAAUACAUACUUCCUGGGGUGCUUUGCGCACAUUUUCUCCCGCUAUACUUGUGCAAGUUCAGUCAUAUUUUGCAACGUGUACAGUUAUCUUCUUUGGUGCUGCUAGUGCGGCAGCCACACUGUCUUUUCAGAAAAGCGCACGCCGAGUGAAACAGUGAGAGUCGCUAAAACCUACUGUGACAUGGGCCAACCUUUUUUUUUUUUUUGGCUUCUAAUUUCAUCACUUGACAAUCCAUCCUAGUCUUCCUUCCUCCAUGGUUGCACACAUAUAGUGUCAAGCUGGUACUCGUAUAUUCCACUGCCUCACUGCAAUCAACCCAUUUGCCACGUAUUGUGCACAGUUGGCAAAAAUAUGUGCCAUCUCGCUUGUGGCUGCGCCAGACUGCGAGGUGCAACACAUCACCCACCACCAGUCUGUGCCAGUCAGAUGCCAGCUAGCAUUGAAUAUAUGAUCUGACAUUGGGUGCUGGCACCAGGCAUGCCCAACACAUCAGGGCAAUAAUAAACAAGACUCGGUGGAUGAUCUUGCCCCUUUUAUUUCUUGUUUAUAUACAUUUAGUGCGUCUUGAGGCCAUUCCACACUAGGCAGGUUAUGAAAGAGGUGUGAUUCUGUUGCAAUGUAUGGAGUGGCAAAUAAUGCCUGUGUCUUUCCGUCCAAGGAACCUCUGCUUUGUAGCAGGGAGUUGCCAAGUGUGAUGUAGCAUUUCUUUUUAUUGUUUUCAUCCCCCACCUUACCCCCCUUUAAAGCCAAUAAAAUGGCAGGCUGUGGUUUAUUUACAAAAA